AUGGCGGACGAGGCACCGCCACCACCACCGCCGCCUCCGCUCCUGUUGCACAGGAGUUCUUCGGCCGGUGGCAUUCCUGUAUUCAGAGGAGGUGAUAUUCACAUCAAAGGCCGUUCAGACCUGAACUUCGAUGGGCUCACGCCUGCUCCAGACCGCGUCUGGUACGGCCAGAUGACAAUGGAGAUUGCGAAAGAUGAGUGGUCUGUAGACAAGUUCUUGAACUAUGGUGCGGAAGGACAGACGUAUCUAGUCACAAGGACUGCAACAGGCGAGAAAUUUGCGGCAAAGUUCUGCAACAAAUUUGACUCUAUGGAAGUCAAGCUUGUGCAAGAGCUUCCGCGCCAGCUGGUCAUUCACGACAACUUCAUCAAGUAUGAGAUGAUCGUCUUGGAUGUGCAUGAGCUCUUCUCUCCAGCACAUCACAUCAUCUUUAUGGAGCACAUUCCAAAUGGUGAACUCUUCGAUGUUCUCGCUUCACCAGAGCCGUCCGUAGCCGGCAAGCCCUUAAGUGAGGGCACAUCGAGACGAAUCUUGCAGGAUGUCAUAAGCGGCAUGGCUGAAUGCUAUAGAUAUGGCGUCACGCACCGAGACCUCAAGCCCGAGAACCUGCUCAUCAACGAACAUGGCCGCAUUGUCAUCAUCGACAUGGGCCAUGCCAAGCGCGUGAGAGAAGCUGGGGUUCCUGCCCCGCACUCGCUUGCCAGAACUACGACGACCAACCCAUAUGGAACACCAGCUUUUAAUGCGCCAGAAGUAUCAGGAGGCAAAGCCUAUGAUUGCGAGUGGUCUGACGUCUGGAGUGUCGGGGUGAUUGCGUUUUACCUUCAUGGAAAACUUCCGGCCUUCAGUGCUGGAGGCGGUGUCGCGAGUUGGGAUGAUGUUAGUGGGAUGGGCAAUGACAUGUUGUGGCGGAAAAUCACUAGCUGCGGAUAUUAUCCACCAUUUCCAGACGAGCUGAAGAGCUUCAUCAACGCCUUAUGGCGGACUGAUCCUGCUGAGAGGCCAAGGUUUAGCCAGCUGGAGAAAGCCAUGCAAGGGGACGUUGAAACCCUCAAUCAGUUCCCUGGACUUCACUGGCUGGCGCGCCCUGUCAAUGAUGCGGCAGACUUCAUCGACGAACUUUCCCGCAGUUGUCCCAACAACUCGUUUCACCUAUCCGGGGGGCCAGUGAAGAGAUGGUAG